UUGACGCACCUGGCGCGCUGGGCGGUGUUGCACUGUGCACAGUCGAGCAUCUUCCGUGGAGAGCGCGGCAGCGUGGUGCUCGUCGGUCUCAAGGAGCCGCUCCGCACGAGCGCCAGCUUCGCACGCACCGUCCGCACUGCUCUGCGCCGCCUCUGCAUCGAUGUGCCGCUGCGGGGGCAUUGGGCCACCCUCAUCACGCCAGCCGAAGCCAUGAGCAUCUGCGCGAGCGAUGGCUUCGCUCGCCGCACAAAGACGACACCGAUGUCCGCAUGGUCGCGCUCAGUGGUUGAGCUUGCACUCACGACCUCGUGA